AGAGAGCGCGCGCGCGCGCGCGCGCGCGCGAGGGGGCGGGUGUCUCUCGCGCUCGCCUCGCGCAGCCUCACAGAAGCUCGUGAAAUCAACACAAGGACGGUCUGCUUCCACAUCUAUCGCUUAUUUUCGGGAUUUUCGGGAUAAACGACACCGUAAUCGAUGCGAGGCCUUCUAACGGACAUUCGCCGCUGAUAUUACGCCCGCGUUUUUUCUGUUUUUGUCGUUUUUUUCCCCCCUCAGCGGAGCGUUUGUUGGAUUCGUUAUGAAUUCCAGUCCGCUUCCUAACGGCAGACUCCUACCGGACAGCCAGAGCUGGAACUCCUCCGGUUCCGACGAGGAUCUGGACGUCGAACCGGGACCCGGUCCGCACGGAGGGGUAGUGGAAUUCGGCGGGGUGCUCAGUAAGUGGACUAACUACAUUCACGGAUGGCAGGACCGCUGGGUCAUGCUGAAGAACAACACCUUGAGUUACUACAAAUCCCAGGAUGAGCGAGAGUACGGCUGCCGCGGUUCCCUCUGCCUCAGCAAGGCUGUCAUCACACCUCAUGAGUUUGACGAGUGCCGGUUGGACAUCAGCGUCAAUGAUAGCGUGUGGUAUCUACGUGCUCAGGACCCAGAGCAUCGCAACCAAUGGAUCGAUUCCAUCGAGCAACACAGGGCUGAGUCUGGUUAUGGCUCUGAGUCCAGUUUGAGGAGACACGGCUCCAUGCUGUCCCUCACAUCAGCCACCAGUGGAUACUCAGCCACCUCCACCUCCUCCUUCAAAGAAGGUCACAGUCUGCGAGAGAAGCUGGCAGAGAUGGAGACGUUUCGAGACAUCCUGUGCAGGCAGGUGGACACGCUGCAGAAAUACUUCGACGGCUGCGCCGACGCCGUGACCAAAGACGAGCUCCAGAGAGACAAGAUCGUGGAGGACGAUGAAGAUGGUUUUCCUAACACUCGCUCCGAUGGAGAAUUCCUGCAUAACAACAAUGGCAGCAAGGAGAAACUAUUCCAGUGUUUGAGUCAUAAAGGCAUUAAUGGGAUAGAUUUUAAAGGAGAGGCCAUCACGUUCAAGGCGACCACGGUGGGGAUCUUGGCUACGCUUUCUCACUGCAUCGACCUGAUGGUGAAGAGAGAGGACAGCUGGCAGAAGAGACUGGAUAAGGAGAUGGAGAAGAGGAGGAGGGUGGAGGACGCAUAUAAAUCAGCCCUGUCCGAGCUGAAGAUGAAGUCUCAUUUUGGAGGGCCUGAUUACGAGGAGGGUCCGAACAGUCUGAUCAAUGAAGACGAGUUCUUUGACGCCGUGGAGGCCGCUUUGGACCGACAGGACAAAAUAGAAGAACAGUCUCAGUGUGAGAAGAGCAGGAUACAGAGGAGCAGUUCAGUGCCUUUAGGAGACGUCUACUCCAGCGUGGGCUCUCACCGAUUCGCUGAGAAGCCCCCCUCUCGUCCUUCCUCUCCCUCAUCUUCUGCUGUAGCCUUCUCUCCUUCACUCCAUGAGCACAGAUUCAGUGCUGAGGUGGAGGAGAUGGUUCAGAAUCACAUGACCUACUCGCUGCAGGACGUGGGUGGAGACGCUAACUGGCAGCUGGUGGUGGAGGAGGGAGAGAUGAAGGUGUACCGGCGCGAGGUGGAGGAGAACGGGAUCGUGCUGGACCCUCUGAAGGCCACACACUGUGUCAAAGGGGUCACAGGUCACGAGCUCUGCCACUACUUCUGGGAUACGGAUGUUCGUAACGAUUGGGAGACUACUGUCGAAAACUUUAACAUUGUGGAAACGCUGUCCGAUAACGCCAUCAUCAUCUACCAGACUCAUAAGAGAGUGUGGCCUGCGUCCCAGAGAGACGUCUUGUACCUGUCUGCCAUUCGUAAGAUUAUAGCCAAUAACGAGAACGAUCCAGACACAUGGCUCGUCUGCAACUUCUCAGUCGAGCACGAGAAUGCCCAGCCAAACAACAGAUGCGUUCGUGCUAAAAUCAACAUUGCGAUGAUCUGCCAGACGCUGGUCAGUCCACCAGAGGGAGACAAAGAGAUCAGCAGAGACAACAUCCUGUGCAAAAUCACAUACGUGGCCAACGUGAAUCCUGGCGGCUGGGCUCCUGCGUCUGUCCUGAGGGCCGUCGCGAAGAGAGAAUAUCCCAAAUUCCUCAAGCGCUUCACUUCCUACGUCCAGGAGAAAACUGCUGGAAAGCCCAUCCUCUUCUGAGCACCAGUUCCCCAGUUCUGCCAUCACUCCUCUAGCUACAGCGCCCUCUAGUGACACAGAAGACUCAUCGCGUCCCUUCUCCACAGGAAGCCCCGGCGGGGCCCAUCGGUAGACGCUUGAUGCUGUUCUGUAGCACCACACUAGCUCACACAGACAGAGGACUAGAGAUGCCACACGCCAAUGUCUGUCCCAUGUUUUCUGGCAGAGAUCUAUAUUGAUAUGAAUAUAUAUGUAUGUAAGUAAGUGAGAUGGGAAGUUUCUAUAUAACGGAGAGUUUUGAAGCUGAACACAUGAGAGCGGCUCUGUUUUGGUCUUGUUUUUUCUGGUUUGAACAAACACUUCAGCUUUGCUUUGGUUGUCCUCGUGUAAUUGUUCUUUGGGGAAAUCAAAGGCAUGUUUGUGAGUGAACUCUAUGAACCUG